AGAAGAGGCCUAAAAAACACAACUCUACAAUUUAGAACUAUUUUCCUGCUCCGGAUUUUACCAAAGCAAUGGCUGCCGGAGCAUCUAAAUCAGUUGCAUUUUUCCUUCUUUUUAUCAAUCUAGUUAUGUAUGCAAUUGUUUCAAUCAUUUCUGGAUGGGCUCUCCAGUAUGGAAUUGACAACGCGUACGAAAAAGCGUCUAGUUCGUCCAUGCCGGCUUACUUAUUUCCAAUAUACUUUCCUAUCGGAAACAUGGCAACGGGAUUUUUCGUGAUCUUCUCGCUCAUCGCUGGACUUGUGGGUAUCGCUACUUCGGUUUCUGGAAUCACUAACGUUCUUCAAUUCACAAGACCCAACUUAUAUUCAGCAGCUACAACUUCUAUUAUCAGUUGGGCUCUUACUCUUCUGGCCAUGGGAUUGGCUUGUAAAGAGAUUAAUAUUGGAUAUAGGGCCUCAAACUUGAGAGCUCUGGAGACAUUUACGAUCAUUCUAAGUGGCACUCAGUUGUUUUGCGCUGGUGCACUUCAUGCCGGGAUUACCAGCGCCAGGAACUAAACGCAUAUGAUGGUUUUCAACUUGUUUAUUGUAAAAACUGAAUAUAUAUUACAUUUCUGAUUUCUAUAAUUGUAUGCACAUUCCAUGUAAUCUUUUCAUAUAAGGAAUUGUGAGUACCCUUGAGUGAUGGCAAAUUGCUACUAUCUGAAUACAUUAAACACCCUAUCUAAGUA